CGUCUAGUGUGUAUUGCCUGCCAGGCACCACGAAUUUGGAUGGCCCAAGUGGGAAAAGAGGAAAAUCUACGGGAAAAGGACUAAAAGGACAUUUCGCGCCCAAAAGAAAUGAAAUGGCCCAGCGGCUCGGGCAGGAGUAGAGUUACGAAGCGCACUGUAAAUUUGUGCUGCUGUCGUCCGAGCAUCUCAUGUGCGCGUGCAUUGCUGGACCAGUUGUACCAAGCAACAUCAAGGGGAAGAAAAGGACAGGACUAACCGCGGGCAUUGAAGACCAUGGGAUGGAUCGUGCGUGGUAGGGGUGCAAACCAAGGGAGAAAUAAGAGAUUCCCACGCAGGAAGGAAUGGAAAUGAAUAGAACAAUGGAAAGGCGUGGCGGGAGGGAAAAUGUGUGGGAAAUGUUUGGCACAGUACGACCAUUUCAGCAUUGUUCGUCUACGGUCAUCAGCAGUGUGCGUGCUAUGGUCGUUCGUCGAGGGAUGCGCCGAUGGAUGGCCGCUGCGGCGCAUCUCUGCGUUCCCGGCGGUUCCUGUUCUCUUGCCGCCCUCGUGCCAUGCGAUCUCCCAGACGUCGGGCGUUGUGGUCAUCAUGCACGCUGCACAUAUGGCAAAGGUGUCCAUGGCGAUGCCAUCGUCGUCCGCCAACGGGGACGAAACGACAAUGACGACUCUCGUGGAUGAUGAUGUCGAUGAUGUCUAUCAGAAACAAAGCCUGAGACAUGCGUUGCCUACGCCGGGUCGCCCAUGGUGUCGGUCCGGAUUCAUAGGAGAGACCACUGGACAAUAUUUGCACAGCUAUCGAGAAUGA